CUCUAAAGGAGGUUUGGUACAUUGUUUACAAAUCACUGCAAAACUAUCCUGACUUCCAGUCUUACACUGAAGCUGUAAUAGUAGAUAGAACUGGUCUGAAUAAACUAAUCUUUACAUCUAUAAAAAAAAACUUUUUUAUUACACUAUAGAGAAAAGAAGUUAAGCUUGAUGCAGAAGCUGAAAAAGAAAAACAACAGCACACCUCUGCCUCAUCACAGAGUCCUCAAUUUUACCAUCAAACAUCUAUAUUUAUAUUGACUUUCAUGCUGAGGGAACAUUCACAAAAGAAUACAGUCAAUACAGUGAGUGCUAACCACAAUAGACCCACUUUUCUGAGCUCUCAUGAAGAUAAAUGCCGGCCACAAAUAGACAGCUGUCAUGGCAACUCCAUAUCUAAUAUCUAAAACGUCGCAUCCGUCUGCUCAGACUCACAGAAAACUGGACACUAAAAGGUUAAGAGCGCUAAUUUAGUUGGCAGAGUUAUGAAAAAGAAUUAAACGCACGAUUACGUUUCGAGAGGGUACGUGAACCGGCCACCAGCUCCUGUCAAUGUGUCUGUCAUGCACCUGCGAGCCGACUCUGCAACUAUAUCAUGGGAAGUUCCAGAGGGGGACAUAAUAAUUGGUUUCUCCAUCUCACAGCAGAGGCAGGAUGGACACAUGCAGCGAUUCAUCCGGGAGGUCAACACAACCAGCCGUUCUUGCGUUCUUUGGGACCUGGAGGAGGAUACAAACUAUAUCAUUCAGGUCCAGUCUAUUGGCCUCUAUGGCGAGAGUCAAGCCAGCAAGAAGGUCCAUUUUCAUACCCUUAAGAAGUCAGACCGCUUUCCUUCCAACAGCUCCAACCAAGAUGACCCCACUGUGCAGGGACUGGACAAGUCUCGACAUCUACAAACUGGAGAGAUGAUCAUAAUUGUCGUGGUCUUGGUCAUGUGGGCAGCUGUUAUUGCCCUAUUCUGCCGGCAGUAUGACAUCAUUAAGGACAACGACUCCAGCAACAAUAAGGAGAAGGCCAAGCCGUCGUCAGAAAGAAGCACGCCAGAGCACCACAGUGGAGGACUGCUAAGGAGCAAGUUUCAUCCUUCUGUGCCAUCAAUCAACAUCAUUGAAGUUUGAGAAGAAGAAAGCCAAACUUAAAAUCCCAUCUCUUCUACCAUCAAAGCGUUUCGACCUUUCUCCCUGACGAGGGGGAUGAAAGUAGAGAAAAGGAGAGAAAUAUACAAGGCUUCUGUUGGUCAUCAGCAGAGAAAAAAAAAGUGUUGACAAAAUACCUGCAUGCACCCAGUAUUUGUAGGAAAAUGCAACACAAACCGACAGACACACUCCGAAUGCCAUCCAGUAAUCCUAUAGAAAUCCACAAAUGCCUACACACAGAAACACCAGAGAGUAAGUACAACAGAAUUCUACUCCUGCGGGUUUAUUGUACAUAGAUUAAUGUUAACCCAUGGUGCAGUUAACAUUGAUGUCUUUGCCAGGUGCUUGGUAUAUUAUUGCAAUACAAUACACACAAUACGACGUAUAAUCUCUGGGAAGCCUGUCUUAGUGACUUUAAAUACGCAGUGUAUUUUUGAUAUUGGCAUGUGCAAUUAGACACCACGUUCACACGUUAUAGACAAGUGCAAAUAGUAUUAAAAACUGCCUGGUCACUAAUGUAUAUUAUUUUCUGAAUACAGUCAGUAGACUAAUAAGGCAAGAAAGCAAAUACAUUAAUCUAAAAUUAAUUUGCUACAUUUCUUAGUUGUUGUUUUUUAACCUAAUAUUACAGUUGAACUGCCCUGGUCUGGAUGUUUUUCUUCAUACCUCAUGUAAAACAGAUAUCUCUGUACAUACUUCAUCCAUUUCCUAAUAAAGUUGCAUGCAAGUUAUUUGCGUGUAGAAUAGCCUUCAAUGUGCAUUCUAAGCUAGAUGCCCCAAAAUAGGGAAAUAAACAUGAUUGCAGUACAAUUAAGCUCUUAAUGUUUUUAUUCUUCUAUUUUAUCUGCUUUUAGAAAAAGGCACUGUCAUUUAUCAUCCAGUGUUUUAUUUCACAUCUUGUACAUCUUCUGCAAAUUGUAUUUUCUAAAGUGUAAAAUAAAGCUUCUUUUGAAACUCCCAUUACUAAAUUGCAGCUAAUGUAAUAAACUUUCUCUCACCGAAAGGCAUAAAUCACUUUAACGUUGCACAAAUUGCACUCUGACAUAUAAAAAGAACGUCAAAUGUUACAAAGGUGCAUGGUGUACAUUAAGCGGGAGUGAGACUUACACCAGGAAAGUGCAUUUCAUGCACAAAUUGCUUGGCAAGCCCCCUCACAAAAACGUGUUUUAAUCCAAGUAAUACUCUCCAAGAGCUACAAAUUAGCCUGUUAAUGAUGUGGUGGCCAAAAUCUAAACUAGGUUUCUUCACUUCCAGGUAUAAAAUGUGCACAAUGCUUAAAAAUGGACAGAUUAAUUUCUAUCUUGUCACAGCAGUUUUUCUGAUACAACAUAAAAGCUCUUUGUGGCUGGUUUCUUACCAAAACGCUACAUAAAUAAAUUUUACUUACUUAAUUUUACUUACUAACUUUUGGAAUAUGCUGGAGAAGUAAAACAAAUACAAAAAACAUUUAAAAAAGAAUCAAUAAAUAAAAAUCUCAUCAGUAAAAACUUACUAUUUUACAGGUUCUAAACCUUUGCCAAACCUUUGUCACUUAACUUUCUGUUUGAGUUUGUGGUUACACACUGUUUUGUUUUUUGUUGGUUUUUUUCCCCCAAUAGGUUUAAGGACCAGAGGAAAGAUCACGAUACAACUGGGACAGUGAUAUCAUGUACUGUUAUGGGUACUCACAGGGACUUGGUGGAGAUAAAGUCAUGUCUUGUUAAAGCUCUCCAAAUCAGCAUGAGAAAUGGCUGUGCUUAAGCUCUUCUUUGAAGUAAUAAGACAAACACUCUGUAAAAAUCUCUAGACUAAUGUCAUACAAACCGUAUAUUACAUUCAUAUAGCAAACAAAGCAUUACCAUUCAGGGAGGUUUUUAUUCACUGAUCAAAGUGGAAAAAAAAAAAACAGAGCCAACACUGACUGAAAAACUGAAGUUAUUUUAAUGGCCCCUGGAAUUUAGCUUCAAAGCAAAAUUGUCUGUUACUCAACACAUGUAAACAUGUUUAAAGAUACAAAAAUUGAAUUUUUUGACUCAUUUAAAAUGUACUAAGCUAUGCAUUGUUAGCACUGUGACCACUUUUACUGACACGUCGAUGCUAACACAUGCAACUGUUUCUGCGAGGCUAGCUUCUGCUAGACUUAAAUUUUUCUUGGACUCUGGUGGUGUUGGUGGAUUUCAGAGUAAGUUUAUUAGCAAAUAUUUGAUAAACAACAUGGUAUUUUUCACUUAUAACUUUUUCAGCAAGCACCUGUGCCAUGCGUCCAUGUAGUCUAUGCAGCUUUCUUACCAAGCUAGCCAGAAUUAGCUGAUAUCAAAAUAUGGUCACUUCAUAGGACUAAAGCUGAGGCUUCAAAAUUCAGGCUUCUAAACCAAUGAAUGAAUGAUUUCCCUGUUCAAUCUAUGGUACAAACAUCUGAAUGCACAUAAAUACCUAUAUUUGCUGCUAAUAAUAAACAAUCUACUUGCUUAAAAUGGUCAAUAUUUACACGUUAAAAUAGCUCAGAACAGUUGGUUAGCGCACCAGCAGCUGCUGCAUUCAUUUAUAAUGAGCCUUUAGUUAUGAGACUGUCUGCUGCGGUGCUUUAGAGAACAAUGAGCCAUUUGAUCUAGCCUUUAAACUAGAAUGUUCCUAAUCAAAAAUGUAAUUACACUAAAGUAUCUAAGAAUACAGCGCAUCUUAAAAUAGAAAGAGAUUACAGUGUCCUGGGGAUUAAUAGGUAAUAUUGUAUUCCCUCUUAACUCACUGUCCGUGCAGCACAGCAGACAAUUUUUAUUAGUUGUCCACGUGAUUUAUGGGCUGUUAGGGCCAAGUGGUUAGAUUUUAGAUGUGAUUCAGAGAUCCAGGGAUAUGGUGAAGCUAUAAAUAAAUAAAAUCUAUAAAAAAAAAUGGGUUUGCAUUGGAGUCUACCUUCAUUAUUGUAUUGCUUGGCCCCAUCUUUCCAAUAUUAGCUUUCUCCUGUCUGUCAGUAUUGGAGCCAAAAUAGAUAGGCAAUUAAGAUAUAUAGAAAGACAUUUAUUGCAAGCUCACUGCAAGUUAUUACAGUUUAUAUUGUGUGUUCUAAAAUUCCAGUUUUAUAAAUAUAUUCAUAUUGGCCCCACAUGCAUAUACAUGAAUAUGAAAAGACUGAUGGUUCACAGGCACUGAAGAGCCGGCACAUCCAUAUAUAUAUAACUACAUCAGUAAAUGUGCUAAAAAUGAAAUGCAGGUUAUGGCCCUCCCUAUGAUAACAAUCUCAACUGCAGUGAAGUGUCAGCCUAUCUGACCUCCACAAGCUGGUCUCUCCGGAGUCUCAGUAUCAAAUGGUACAACUAUUACAUACACAAUAUUAAGCCAUUAGAGCAGGGCAGAGCACCUUAUCAGUCACUAAUUAGCCAUCACAAAAUUGUGUUAAAUAGGCUAUUAGCAAUCAAUUACACACUUAUGAAUACUAAAUGAGCUGUUCAUUGCCAUAUCCCGGGACACAAAGGACAAAUAUGACAUUGGUAAUCAACAUAUCCCUCGAAAGUUAAACAGUAAUUUCAAAUUUAGAAUGACUGUUUAACUACGUCAAGUGUAAUAUUUUGUCCCGCGGAGCUAAAUGAAAAUAAGCCUUUUUCUUUCCCCAUCAUACGUGACCUUAAUUUAAUGUCUAUGUCCAGAGGUGAUUUGGAUUACCGCUCGUGAAGCAAAACAAUGACAAAGCUAUUUAUUGCUGCUAUAAAAAAAUAACUGGUGAUGGUACUGAAUAUUCUUACUCUUGCGAUUUCUUUUCAUGCACUAGGGUUUAAUUGACUGCUGCAGACUUUGCUGACAUGACAUGCAGGUGAGCUCUGCUUCGUCACGCAGUGAGCUGAGAGCAGUUUAAGUGGAAAGCUUUAUGCACUCCAGUAUAAUCAACAAAACAAGGCCUGUGCUGCAUCAACCCCAGUUUACACAUAUGUAAUGGAAGCAGAAGGAGCACACUAACAAUGCUGUUGUUGUCAGUGUGACAAUACAAUGAAAUAACACAGUGUGCCUUUUUAGUCUCUAGUGAGUUCUCUGAAAACAUCAAAGUGGAGAUUUUCUGUCACUUUUCUUUGUUACUUGUGACAAGCUGAUCUUCUUUCUGAGGGUGGGCCGGGUACUCCACACUCUUUGUUCACAGAGUCAGUGAUUUCUGACACACAACAGGUCUGUCAUACAGAAUUUUCAUCAUAGUGAAGUUUUCUCUGAAAUGUUUAACUCUUCUGAUCUAAAGUAGAAGACAGGCCUUCUUUGAUCUCAUGAAUCUGAUUAGUCAGUUCUCUAUACACUGAUCAAACAUAACAUUCUGACCACUGACAGGGGAAGUGAAUAACACUGAUUCGCUCUUCAUCAUUGCACUUGUUAGUGGGUGGGAUAUAUUAGGGAUCAAUUGAACAUUUUGUCCCCAAAGCUGAUUUGUUAGAAGCAGGAAAAAUGGGCAGGUAUAAGGAUUAAUGUUCGAUGAUCAGAUGACUGGAUGGGAUUUUCCCAUCUUCCUGAUCUGCAGUAGUCAGGAUCUAUUAAAAGUGGUCCAAGGAAGUAACAGUGGCGAACCUACGAUGGAGUCAUGGGUGGCCAAGGCUCACUGAUGUACUGUACUUGAGGAACGAAGGUAGGCUCGCCUGCUGCUUCCAGAUCCAGCAGGCGAGCUACUGAAGCUGAAAUUCACAAUUGACAAUUCCCGACCCAUGACCAUAACUGAAAACGCCAAUAAUGAGCACAUGAGCAACAGAACUGGACCACGGACCAAUGGAAGGAAGUGGUGUGGUCGGAUGAAUCAUGUCUUCUCUUGCAUUACAUGCAUGGCCAGAUGCAUGUAGGUCACUUACCUGCGAAACACCUGGCACCACACAUUACUUUGACACAUACCAUCUACUGGAGGAUUGCUGCAGACCAUGUAAACCCUUUCGUGGAAAUGCUAUUUCCUGAUAGCGGUGGCCUCUUUCAGCAGGAUAAUGAGCCCUGACACAAAGCAAAAUGGUUCAGGAACGGUUUUAGGAGCAAAACGCUGAGUUUGAGGUGUUGAUUUG